AUGGAAAAACAGGGGCUUGGGCUCGAGUAUUGGCUUUUGGAAGUAGUCUCUAUCCAAAAUGAACGAGAUGCCAUCGGCAAGCGUAAAAAGCCUGAACCAGAAACAGAGGAACUGCUGGAUGGCUUGUUACGAUCAGAAAAGCUGUGCCAGCAGUUGAGAAGUUCAGUAAUAAAAAGUACUGAACAGCAAAUGAUGCAGGCCUCCUAUGAUUGUGGAAAAGUGAAGACAUGGCGAAUCGAAGAUGAUCGACGAGCUACUUUGGAUGAUGUGGGCAAAAGCAUACAUCAGCAGUUGGUUUUGCUAGUGGAAUGGGCCAAAUCUCUUCCGCAGUUCACGAGCUUGUCCAUGGAUGACCAGGUACCUCAUACUUGAUA